AUGAGCUCCCGGAUUCGGUACACGCGCGCAGAGUUGCUGGCAGUGGCAUCCAAGCAGCAUGAAUACAACCUCACUGUUGAGGCCUUGCGAAAGUUCAAGGUUAUUGAGACGGAGUCGCCAGUCAAGGAAAAGUCAAUUCCGGAGUCGCAUCGCAAUGAGGCAGGUGGGCGCAAAGCAGAUGCAAAGAAUGGAGUGGGCAGCCGUCGCGCUGCGAAUAACGAGCGCUUUGCCCUUCCAUCACGCGGUGCUCGGGGUAACAAGGACCAAGAGGCCUUUGAAGAGGGGUAUAAGUAUGAACUUGAGCGUAAUGCUAUUAAGAAACAAACACUGCAGGAGACGAUGGAAAAAGAAAAGGAAAAAAUCGAUGCCGUGGCUGCUGCUAAAGGAGAGGGGGAAACAAAGCAGCAAUUGGUGCCGGCCGCAGAUAAAGAAGCAUCAAAUCACGACGAGGAUGAGGAAGUGGAGCGUUGGAUGACAAGCAUCGCAAUGGGCGACGAUGGGGCGAAGAGGGUGACCAAGUCUCGCUUUUUCUCAGGUGCAGAUGCUGGCAAUAAGAGCACGUCAGCCUCGGCUUUGCCAGCAGGGCCAGAAUUUAACGAGCCAGCUUCACUGGCAAUGCCACCCUCCGCCAAGGAUCCGUGGUCCAUGCAAGGAAUGAUGCACACAAGCGGGAAUGCGGUUUGGGGAACCAUGGAGACACAACGAAAUUCGGGCCUGGCGCUGGCGCAAGGUGCUAACACUGCCACCGCCCCUAGCGUGGUUGUGGGCCCCUCCGUGCACCUACCCGCGCAUUCUGGCAUCUCGCCUCCUUCGUCGGUUCAUGUGGUUGCCGCAGGCGCAUCAUCAUCAUCAUCAGCAGCAACGACGGUGCCCUUGGCGACAGUGCCUUCUUCCACAUCGCAGAAAACGACAACGACGGGGGCAGCGCCUCAACCAAGUAAUUCGUCGAUGAAUCCCGCGACUCAGGUGUGGAAUGCGGAAGAUUUAGAACAAAUGCUUCUGAGUGCUCAGAACGUGAGCAAACAGUCAAAGCCGGAGGUGCCCAAACCCAAAGUCAUUGAUGCUGCAUCUCUCGAAUCGCAGCUGCGGUUACAAGUACAACAGAACAUGGUGGUCUCCAAGCAGCACACACAAACACAUGUACAACAACAGCCACAACCCCUGCCGCUACCUCAGCUCUCAACAAUGGAUGGAACACCGCCUGCACUUUCACUCUCUGGGGCACACAAACCCCCGCAGCUUUCUCUAACGCAACCCCCGCAGCAAUUACCACCGCAACAGCAGCAUGUUCUGGCUCCUUGGGGGGCAACUAUGUCAAAGGUACCACCGCAGCCAAUGCAUCAAAAACUCAUGCAACAGCAAUCGCAGCACCGUCAUCCCGGCAUGACACAACCGGUGCCGUUUAUUAUAAGCGGUGGCCAAGGGGCACCCUACUUUCCCCAACAGGCUAUGCAUGGUCAGUAUGUGACUGGUUUCCUGCCAGGACAGGGACAGCAACCGAUGAUGGUCUACCGUUCUCCGGAUGGAACAGCACAAUACGCAGUGGGCACCACGGGGUAUCCCCCCAACGCGCAGCUACUCUUUUCACCGCUGCAACAACAACAACCUCAGCGUCGGUAA